AUGCUUGAACGGGUGUUGCAAAAUCAAGAGAAGUUUGACACUUCUAUGAUGAAUAUGAUCGAGCUUGUUGGUUCGUAUACCGCAUCCAUUCAAAAAUUGGAGAUGCAAAUGAGAGACCUCUCUAGGGAACAAAAUCCGAAGCAAAAAGGGACACUUCCAAGUGACACAAUUGUGAACCCCAAGGGUAGUGGGAGUGGUCCAACUUCACAUGUCAGGGCAAUUACUACUCGGAGUGGGAAGGUACUACAAGGAGGGAGAGAACAAGUGGUUGAAGUUGAAGAGUCCGAACAUAAAGGUGAGGUUGAAGAGCCAAGUGUUGUUGAAAGUGAAAAAGUGCCGGAAGAGUUGAAAGUGAAACAAGAAAACCGAGAAGAGGUAAAUGAAAAGAUUAGUUCCAUUUUUGCAACAUCUACCGUUCAAAACAAAGAAGACCCAGGAGCUUUCAACAUUCCUUGUACUAUUGGGGCACAUUAUUUUGCAAGAGCCCUUUGUGAUAAUGGGUCUAGCAUCAACUUGAUGCCUCUUUCCAUUUACAAGCAAGCGGGGUUGGGUAUGCCAAGUCCCACAAGUAUGAGAUUGCAAACAGCCAAUCAUUCCAUAAAGAGAUCGGUGGGAAUUGUUGAUGAUGUGCUUGUUAAAGUGGGAAAGUUUCAUUUACCCGCCAAAUUCGUAAUCCUUGAUUGUGCAAUUUACAAAGAGAUCCCUAUCAUUUUGGGGAGACCAUUCCUAGCCACAGGUAGAGCACUAAUGGAUUCAGAACGGAAUGAGAUCAAAUUUUAUGUGAAUGAUGAAGAGGUUACAUUCCAUGAAAGCAAAGGUAUGAAACUACCACAUGAAUAUGAGAGCAUCUCAGUGAUUGAUGUUGUUAAUGGAGUGGAAGAUGCAGUUGAAAUGAAGAUGGAAGAACAAUGCCUCGGUGAGGCGUUGGCAGCUAUUUUGGUAAACUUUGAUGGUGAAGAUAUGGAAGGAUAUAUGGAAUUGGUAAAUGCAUUGGAGGGGCUUGGGUCUUACACUUAUGCUCCGGUAGAACAAUUGUUGGAAGUCUUGAAGGAGCAUAGGCAAGCUAUUGGAUGGACUAUUGCGGACAUCCGAGGGAUUCCCGCGGGAAUUUGCGAACACAAGAUCCAAUUGGAGAGUGAGACAAAACCAAGUGUGGAACAUCAACGACGGUUGAACCCGUACAUGCAAGAGGUGGUAAUGAAAGAAAUCAACAAGUGGUUGGAUGUCGGGGUAGUCUACCCUAUUGCCGAUAGUUCUUGGGUGAGCCCGGUGCAAUGUGUGCCGAAAAGGGGAGGCAUGACCAUGAUCGAAAAUGAUAAAUAUGAGCUCAUCCCAACAAGAACGGUGAACGAAUGGUGGGUGUGUAUGGAUUAUCAAAAGCUCAACAGUGCCACAUGCAAAGACCAUUUCUGUUACAUCUCGCAUUUUCCGAUACCUCCGAAGACUACAGCCGCUAGCACGGGUCACAAGUCUACAAAGGUUCCAGAAAGAGAGAUAAGUUAUACUAUGGAUUCAGGCCCAUCAGAGAUUAUGGGUUCUAUUGAGGAGGAUCCAUCCGAGGAUCCAUAUGAGCCAUCCGUUAGAGUUGUUUCAACCACUCCGGUAGUAGAUGGGGAUACAACAACAUCAUCUUUAAUAACUGAGGUAAAGGAACGCCAGUACAAGGAUCUUGUGCUAAUUCAUUGUAGAGAUAACAAUCUUCAGAAGGAGAAGACACCUUUUGAAAUUACCAAAGAUGGGGCGUUUCAUCAAGGAUUUUCCAAGAUUGCAAAUCCUAUGUGCAAACUCCUUGAGAAAGAUGCAAAAUUUUUGUUUGACAAGACAUGCCUCAAAGACUUUGAGGAAUUGAAGCAAAAGCUCACCGCAGCACCUAUUAUUGUCACACACAAUUGGUCUCUUCCUUUCAAGCUCAUGUGUGAUACUAGUGGUGUAGCUAUUGGAGCAAUGCUUGGCCAAUGUCACAACAAGGUUCUCCACUCGGUCUAUUAUUCAAGCAAGACACUCAAUGGGGCACAAAUGAAUUACAUGGUGACUGAGCAAGAACUUCUUUCCAUUGUCUAUGCCUUUGAGAAGUUUCGGGCUUAUAUGUUGGGAUCCAAGGUGAUAGUGUACCGAGGUCAUGCUGCUCUUCGCUAUCUCAUGGCAAAAAAGGAUGCAAAGCCUAGGUUGAUUCUAUGGGUCUUAUUGUUGCAAGAAUUUGACUUCGAGGUCAAGGAUCGCAAGGGAACUCAAAAUCAAGUAGCGAAUCAUUUAUCAAGGCUUGAAGAGGCAGGGAGGCCAAAGGGAUAUCUUGAUAUCAAUGAUGCAUUCCCGGAUGAACACAUAUUAGCACUAUCUAGCACUUUUGCUCCUUGGUAUGCCGAUAUUACUAACUACUUGGUUAGUGACCUUAUUCCGCAUGGAUUGGAAUCUAUCAAAAGAAGAAGUUUUUGA